CUAUUUCAUGAAUCUUUGACAGAGGCGUUACUUUCCGGCGCAAUAUUCUGUGAUGCUGAUUGUAUGAGCUCUCGGGGAGUAAUCAAAUCAGGUAGCACAAUGUUACACAAUGUACGAUUGCAACAAUUUGUUUAUUUGUAUUUCGGCGGCCUGCUAUUGUUUUUAGCGGGGCUCCAUCACGUAGAAGCGGCCACCACCGAAAUGGCCAACCUGAACUGGAAACCGUUCAUCUACGGAGGGAUGGCCUCUAUUGUCGCAGAAUUCGGUACAUUCCCCAUAGACCUGACUAAGACGCGGCUGCAGGUGCAGGGCCAGUCCCAGUACAUGGAGGUGCGCUACCGGGGCAUGUUCCACGCCCUGUUCAAGAUCGGCAAGGAGGAAGGCAUCAAGGCACUGUACUCUGGCAUCUCCCCAGCUGUCCUGAGGCAAGCCUCCUACGGGACCAUCAAGAUUGGGACAUACAACACACUGAAGAGGUUGUUUGUGACCCAUCCGGAAGAUGAGACCAUGGUGAUCAAUGUGUUCUGUGGAGUGGUGUCUGGAGUCCUGUCGUCCUCUCUGGCCAACCCCACUGAUGUCGUCAAGAUCCGCAUGCAGGCCCAGGGCAGUCUGUUACAAGGCAGCAUGAUGUCCAACUUCAUUAACAUCUACCAGACAGAGGGAACCCGCGGCCUGUGGAGGGGCGUCAUCCCUACAGCUCAGCGGGCAGCCAUCGUAGUGGGAGUGGAGCUUCCUGUCUAUGACAUCACUAAGAAGCACCUCAUUAAGUCUGGCACUAUGGGAGACACCAUACUAACACACUUUAUUUCCAGUUUUAUGUGUGGCCUGGCGGGGGCGCUAGCCUCCAACCCAGUGGACGUGGUGCGGACACGUAUGAUGAACCAGCGAGUGCUGUCAGGGAACCCCAUGUAUAAAGGCACGCUGGACGGAUUGAUGCAGACAUGGAAGAACGAGGGAUUCUUUGCCCUCUACAAGGGCUUCUGGCCCAACUGGCUGCGGCUGGGGCCAUGGAACAUCAUUUUCUUUAUUACGUUCGAGCAGCUGAAGAAACUCAACUUGUAGUUGGAACAGGAAGUGGACACUCCGUCGGACUAGACACCGGGAUGGGCAACUCCAGUCCUCGGGGGCCGGAGUGGUGUGUCACUUUUUCCCCAUCCCUAGCAAACACAGCUGAUUAAGGCCAGGCACCACACCCUAAUAGGGAUUUUUAUCUUAAUGAUAUCACAAUCAACUUUUACCAGUUGAAUGUAGACACAAAAUAGUUUUUUGUAUACGUUCUUCUGAAAUAUUAAAAUAUGGAAAUGAG